CUUGGCAGCCCAGGCCCCAGCUGGCCCAGCCACCUGACGAUGGGAGUUGCUUGCUUGUACCACUUGUACCUGCUUGCAGCUGUGGUUUCCGAUGUUCGGAGUAGUAACUUCAUUUGAGCUAACAAUCUGAUCCUUCAAAACGGUUGAAGCUAGCCGAGGGCAGCAGCAUGCCUCCGUACACCCUGGAACGUCUGCGCCAACUUUUGCAGCGGUCACUUCAAAGUGGAACCUUCACUAGCUCCCACUUCAAGACGCUUCAACUUACGUCGGCGUCAAACGGUCAGUGCACCGCCGAGAUCAAAGUUGACGAGAAUCUGGUGAAUCGGAUGGGAAGCCUUCAGGGAGGCAUGGCUGCAACUCUCGUUGACGUCAUCAGCACGUAUGCACUCCUAACGCUGCGUGACGUUCGUAAUGUCAGCGUGGACCUGAGUAUGAGCUAUCUCGCAAAAGCCAAGCUCGGCGACGUCGUCGCAGUCGAGGCAUACACGUCAAAACUCGGUAGGACGACUGCGUUCUUGACCGUCGACCUUCGCAACAAGGACACGGGAAACCUGCUCGUGAAAGGGCUUCAUACCAAACAUCUCUCCGAUCAAUUUGACUACCUAGGAAACAAACUGGAAAGUAUCGACAAGUCUGGCUAAAAUAGCCUCAACGCUGACAAUGUCCAUUUGCGGCUGACAUUGCCCGUUGUGGGUUAGAACAACGAGGAGGUCAUUCAGUUGUCCUGCCUUCAGCACGAGCUUCCUAUCUUUGGUGACACUUGGGCACCUCGUGAGUCAAGAACGUGCAUGCGCAGACAAAGGAUGACGGAAGCCAACAAGUGUGCGAGUUGGUUGUAAAAUAGUUCUGAACCCCGACAUGGGAAAAUAAAGGAAGUGGACCACAUGA